AUGUCGACAGCAGCGGGAUCAUCGGAGCCGCUGCUCAGAGCGGGCAGCGCCUCCCGGCGGAACAGGCUGGCGGCGCUGCUGGAGCGCGCUACGGGGCGGAGAGGGGCGUCGACGCUGGUAAGGGAAACCGCGGCGAUGCAGCUGGAGGAGCGGCGAAUCCACUGGGGAUACUCGAGGCCGGUGGUGGCGCUGGAUAUCGUGUGGAAUCUCGCCUUCGCGGUGGCGGCUGCGGUCACGCUGGCGUCCACUACCGGGGAGCGGCCCAACGUCCUGAUCCGGCUCUGGGUUGCAGGGUACGCCCUGCAGUGCGUCGUCCACGCGACGCUUGUUUGGGUGGAGUACCGUCGGAGGACCAGGAGGCGGAGGAGUGUAGAGGACGGGGGGCAGGAGGUCACUGAUUCCGAAGGAAAUGAAAGCGAAGAGGAGGAAGAUUUGCGUGGCGAUCCCCUGCUUGGACGAAGGAGGCGAUGGGCACGGUUUGUAGAAUCUGAGUUUUUUCGUUUACUUACUCCUUUGGUCAGACACUCUUCGUAUGUCGGUGAUUGGUUAGGUUUCAAAUAUUAAUAGAAUUUUGUGUGGUUCACCUCGUAGUGGCCUUCUUCCCCCCAUCCGUAAUUCGAAUCGAAAACCGUCAUGAACUUUGUUGGUAAGACUCUAUGUUAGGUUAAGAAAGCUGGGGUAAAUCUUGCGUAAUUAUGUUAUUCUCUUCCGAAUAAACUACAGAAUCUGGAGUGAACAUGCCAUUGGCCUUGAAGACGAUUCAACGUACCUUUGAGGCCUGUUGAUGCUUAGGAUGAGAACUUGAACAUUCUAGAUGAUAAUUUUAUUUUUCUUCAGUCAUCAUAAUAGGGGUUACCAGGCUACCUUAUCUUCUGCAUACCCCUAAAAACUCUCGUCACUGUAAUAUCACAUUGCAGUUCAUGAAUGAAUGCUACUGGAGCAAUGGCAUUAUCAUGUUUUUAAAAAAACUAAAGGUGUGUGCAACCCAUGGUGUUUUGAUUUUAACCUUAAAUUUUACCCUUCCGUACCAAUGGCUAGAAUUUUGACUUAGGGCUUCUAUUUUCGGUUAAGGGCUGGUUUAGCACUAUCCUAGAAUUUACGGUUUCACCAAACAUGUCUUACAUAUCAUCAUAGAGGGAAAUGAGAUUCCUUUCUCAACUGCCAAUCCUCGGUGUUGUACUAGGUAUCAUGCGUCAAUUUUUUGGCUUUGUGCAUUAAUUCAAGGUCGUUUUUUUGUUCUCUCAGAAUGGCUAAACGGUGUGAGUCACUGAACACAGUGGUGUCCUUCCUCUGGUGGACGGUUGGCUUCUACUGGGUUGUCUCUGGUGGUGAAACUCUGCUGCAAAAUGCUCCUAAACUUUAUUGGUACGUGUAUGAUUCAUGAAUGGCGUGAUAACUUUGAAUGAAAUUUCACCUUUUUGAAUCAAAAAUGCAUUUCUGCGAGUGGUUCUCUCCUUCUUGCCUGUUCUGUGUUUGUAGGUUUAGUGAACUAGACUUGCUUUUAUUUUGAAGCUUGGUGUUAAAUUUCAGUUUAUGAUUUGGACUAAAUCACACAUUCCUCUCGUUCUAAGGCCUUUUGCCCAUUCUUUUUCCUAAGUCAUAAUUUACUCAGAUAAGGGUGUGGAUUUGUGAAGUGAAAAAAUUUAAUCGCCUGAAUAACCACUUUUUUGCAUCAGUUUCAAAAUAGAGAUAAAUUACUAAUAUUCAACAUCCUUGAUUAUACAUUAUAUUGACAUGUCUGUGCAGUCAAUUUUCUCUCUGGAAUCUAGGUAUCAAAUGAUUGAAUAAUCGGGUUCAAUUUACUUAAUGUUUAUCAGAUUCCUCUUCCUCAUCCAUUAGUCAUCAAUUAUCAGAUAUCAGUUCAGAAGAGAAGGAUACUCCAUGAGCUUCCCAUAAUUUUCUCAUUUUUUAAAUUAAAGCGUGAUUCAGGAUAUCAUCCAUAACUUUUAUUCAGGAGCAUCCGUUCGUUAGAUGAUUAUUCACAUCGAUAGCAACGCCUCCAGUGAUGUACUUGAUCCCAUGACCUAAACUAGUCACAAAGUUUUGCCAAUUUAAGAGAACAUUGACAGCCAUCUACCAUGUGUGGUAUACUUUCGGAGAAAUUUCUGCAGAGGACGAAGGGGCGAACAUAUUAGAGAGUUGGAUUUUAUGUGCUCUCUUCUGUCUCUGUUAUCGCUUGUUGAAAAUUUGCUUUCAAAAAAUUAGCUGUGUGAUUUUUUUCAGAAUGCUUAAAAGAGUCGACUGAGCAUAAUCUCCGAAUUCCUGUGAUUAACUUGUGCAGGUUGGCGGUAGUAUUUCUGGCAUUUGACGUGUUCUUUGCCAUCCUUUGCGUGGCUUUGGCAUGUGUCAUAGGCAUUGCACUGUGUUGCUGUCUGCCUUGUAUUAUUGCAAUUCUUUAUGCAGUAGCUGGACAGGUAAGUUCCUAACUCUCUAUCAAGAUGGGAAAAGCGCUUUCUCAGAUUCCUAAUGGCUUUUGUUUUUUAUCACAAAUAGGAAGGUGCUUCAGAUGCAGAUAUCAAUAUUCUUCCAAAGUACAGGUUUGUCCAACUCUGCACCAAUGAGGAAAAAGAAAGUGCAGAAGCUGGGAGAAUGAUACCCAUGGGAACCAACGGCGGUGAACAGACGCAUGAACAGUUAUUAUUGCAAGAGGAUGCUGUAAGCAUUUCAUAUUUUAUUUUUGGAAUGCCUUCUUAUGUCAAGUAUUGAAUUUACAUGAUGAAUUUACUGCUUCUGAAGCUUGAUCAUGUUCAUUGGAUGAGUCAAAAUUUAGUUGACUCGUUAGUGCUCUCUUUUGAGUCUUUCCUUCUAUGCUAUUUCGGAGAAGCGCUAGGUCGCCAGAGAUGACCAUUGCGCUCGAGAGAGAAAGAGCGAGAGAUUGGGUUGCGAAAAAUGGACCUUAUUCAUUUGUGUCGAUGGGUACAGGUAUUCAUAGACGACUCUAGUAAUUGGACCGGUUCCGGUUAGACGGGUUUCGCUUUAACCGAACCGGAUCCAAUAUGAAAAGAAAAAAUGAUGACAUGAAUACAAUUACUAGGAUGCGGGGGCUUGUGAAUAAAAUGCCCUGUUCCGACAUGCUGUUAUGUAUCAUAGAUCUGAUAUGCUUACUGUAAAUCAGAACUGAUGGCUCUGAUGCCGGCUAGCUUAGGGAAGAAGCUAUUCGUUUCUUAUGGAGCGAAUCAGUUCACCUUUUAUGAUUCUAUAAACGAGCGAAUCAAGGUUGAGUUUUGCUUCUUUUUCCUUGGUGCUAAAUUUCGCUUCUUCUGGCAUCUUACUUCAUCCUCUCUCGCUUUCAGGCACUACAGUUUGCCCUCCCCUCCCUUGUGCUUACUGUGUUUUAUUCAUUCAUACAUUGAUGCUUAAGCCAAAUGCCACAUUCGAUCUUCUGAUGUGUGACAUCUCUGUUUUUCACUUUGGAUCUGAAAACACAGAAUCCUUGGCUGAUGGGCCACCAAGUGUCCUCUAUGCUGCCUUAUCGUUAUGAUCGCUAGCUUUAGCGUGUUAGCCAAUGUAGAAGGCUGUCUGCUUAUGCUGCUUUCUUCACCUCUUGUGGAUAUUUUUAGUCCUUUUUGGCAUGAGGGUUUUAUGUUGCUUUUAAAGGAAAUUGCGGCGGAUACCUUUAGAGUAUGUGAAUCACUGAUCGCUAGCUUUAGCGUGUUAGAGAUUUUUCCUAUGAAUGAAGUGCAGGAAAAUAAACUGAUUUCUGAUCGAUGCAACUAGCAUGUGGGUCAUUUUGAUCUUUGGUUGAGGUCAUGAAUCAGAACCCAAGAUACCACUGUUGCCAACGAGCCAUGAUGAAUGUGUUCAGACACCAAUCUUAUAAUUUGCCGGUCAGCUGCGCUGGGUGGGAAAUUGGAGAAUAAGUGGUCUUAAAUUCUCAGAAUAAUAUUAUUUUUUUUCCUGUUGACUUUUUAAUUUAGUAAAUGUUAUCCCUUGGAAGUCAAAUCUUAUUUUCUUGGUAAAUCACUCUUUUUCCCUUCAUUUUUCAUGCAUUUUCUAGCAUCCCUUUUUUCCUGUUUGACAUCUUUUACAUCCGAUGGGUUCCUCAACUUAUUUUCUGAGUGAACACUUUUUCAUAUAUAUAUAUAUUUAUUUAUUUAUUUAUUUUUAUUUUACUGUGGUGCUAGGAAUGCUGCAUCUGUCUCACAGCAUAUGAAGAUGGCACAGAACUCCAUGCCCUUCCAUGCAACCACCACUUUCAUUCCACCUGCAUCAUUAGAUGGCUCCGGAUCAACGCCACCUGCCCCUUAUGCAAAUACAAUAUCCUCAAAGGAAGUGAAUAG